AUGAAGGGGAAAGAAACGAGGGUCGCUCUGAUGCCAAAGCCAGCUGAUGGAGAAGUCCCUUUGUGGCUCUUGGUCCGCCAAGAUCUUCGAGAGGCAUUACUCCGAAGACUCGCCGUUGUAGAUGAGGCAUUGGCACCGAUCGAGGUGGUCUUCGACGCCAAUAUUACGACCGUCGAGCCUGAAAUCGGAGAAAUACACUUUGCUGAUGGAACUUGCCGACGCGCUGAUUUGGUCAUCGGAGCCGAUGGGAUCCACUCCCGAACUCGACCCAUCAUCGUUUCAGAUCAUCCCGCACCCAUCCCUUCAGGAGUGUCGUUAUUCCGCUUUGAUCUACCGAUGGAAACUGUGAAAGUCGCCAUGGCCAAAGAUCACGAAGCGCAAGCCAUUUUGAGGGAUAGCCCAGAGGGAGUCUUCGGCAGCAUCUUCACUGCCGGCAACGAAGAUCUGCGGCAUAUCGUGGUCUAUCCAUGCCGCGAUUUCACCCAAGUCAAUUUUGCCAUUGGCAUAUCCGACUCUUUCGUCCACAACUCUGGAACUCUGAGCCACUCUUGGACGGCAAAUGGAAGCACAGAUGACUUGUUGAGGGCACUGCAGGGGUUUCCUCACUGGCUCACUGAAGUUGUUUGUCACGCAUCCUCUUUAAAGCUAUGUCAAGUUCGAGAUGUCAAGCCUCUCCAAUCUUACUUCAAAGGGAAAACAGUAGUGAUUGGCGACGCAGCUCAUGUCAUGGUCCUGUACCAAGGCCAAGGAGCAAAUCAGGCACUUGAAGACGCCGAUGGUCUAUGUGACCUCCUCGCUGAUGUGGACGAUCCCAGCCAUAUCCCGGAGAUACUGAGAUUGUGGGAUAGCGUGCGAAGGCCUCGGGCGAGUGCCAUCCAAGAACAGUCACGAGACUCACUACUUAGGAUUACAACGAGAGGAACAGGCCAGAGCAUACUUGAUGUGGAGGCUCAUGUGCCGAUCAAGGAGGUUCUAAAGCAGAGCGCUUCUUGA